AUGGCGCUUCAACAUAAUGAUCCGGCGCAGCUUGCGCCUCAGUCUUCCUUGUCUUUUACUCAGGGAUUUCUGCUCGGUCAGCUUUCAGUGGUUCUGUUGAUCGGUGCCUUCAUCAAGUUCUUCAUCUUUGGGGAAGCACCGCCGCCGCCGUCCCGAGGCAUGUCCAAUCGCACAACCCACCGCCGCUACAGCUCUGUAUACAACCCACCUCAAGACAGCCAAAAGUCAUUACGGGAGAAACCUUCCACGUCAAAUGUGUUGCGCCCUGUACCUGCAACCUCGACAAACACCCGAUCUAUCUUGCGCAAAACAUACUACAGCGCCAUCCCCACAAAUCCCACCAGUAAACAUGGCCGGCACCGCAUGCACCACUCUUCACACCAACCUGAAUCAUUGGACUGGUUCAAUGUGCUUAUUGCCCAAACAAUCGCUCAAUACAGACAGACAGCAUACUCCCUCAAGGACUCUCCGACAUCUUCCAUCCUCAGCUCCUUGACAGCCGCCAUGAACAACCCCGAGAAGAAGCCCUCAUUCAUUGACAAAAUCAAUGUCACCGAUAUCUCACUCGGGGAGGAGUUUCCAAUCUUUAGCAACUGUCGUAUCAUCGCCGUCGAUGACCCUAUGUCGGAUGGUGGGCGGCUACAGGCUCUGCUGGAUGUCGACGUCAGUGAUGACAACCUCUCCAUCGCCGUCGAGACAUCUAUGGUAUUGAAUUACCCCAAACCACGAUCUGCCAUCUUGCCAGUAGCGCUAUCCGUCUCGGUUGUGAGAUUCUCAGGAACGCUCUGCAUAUCCUUGAUUCCGGCAUCAACAGAACCCCCAGAGCCAAUUCCAACACCAGCCGGCUCACCGGUGCCCCCACCCGCAGAACCACUUCGCAGCAAGGGAGCCGCACCCAAUGGACCCGGUGAUCAUGCCGACUCACAAGACCAGUUCCCACCGAAAAGUAGCCCGAAGAGCAAUGUCGCCUUCUCUUUCCUCCCCGAUUACCGCCUCGACCUCUCAGUACGCUCGCUCAUUGGGUCUCGUAGUCGACUGCAAGAUGUACCAAAAAUCGCCCAGCUAGUCGAAGCAAGAGUACAUGCCUGGUUCGAAGAGCGCGUUGUCGAGCCCCGAGUACAGGUUGUCGGGCUUCCCGACCUGUGGCCACGCAUGGGCCGAACUGGCGUACGAACAGGCGAGGACUCAGAUGCUGGGUCGACGGCUCCACCACGGAGCGCCGGGUCCACUGAAGCAUCAGGGCCGCCCCGUUUUGAUGAUCAUGACCAUGGGCGGGAACCAGAGGGGCUGCGGUUCCGUGGCGGUCUGGAUGCACGGUUAGGGCUCGGAGCUGGGUCGCGCGCAAGCAGCUUCAAUGUCGAUAUGGGUGGCUUGCGAAGCUCAAGCAUGACCAGGCAGGAAAGUACUGGUGCUGCAAGUGAUCACUUCGAAAUGCCUGGUGCUAUGCCGGCUGGAACACCUGUGGGCACGCCUGGCAUCCCAGAUACCUCUUGA